GCGCCGACAUGUCCUCCCGCUCCGCCAUGCGCCCUAUCCUUAGGGCGCGAUCAGCCCUCCUCCCCAGCCGCAACCAGCUCUCCACCUCGACAAUCCUCCACGCGAACCAACCGCAGCAACCACCCUCACCCUCCUCGUCGUCCACCACCACCACCACCACCUCCCGUCCACCUCCCGCAACGCCUUCCAGGCCCGCGCCCGCCUCGACCUUUGCUUCUCGGUCACCCCCCGCGGCAGCCCCGGCGGUCAACAUCAACGCCGCCCGCAGCCUGGUCCAUUCCCGCCCGAGCCCGCGCGCCCCGGAGACGGAAAUCGACUGGUCCCGCUCCUUCCACGGCCUCGGCGAGCGGCCCUUCCCUAAAGAGGUAGCCGACGUGCUCACGCGCCCCGUCGACCCGGCCGACGUCGAAGUCAAGCCCGACGGCAUCAUCUACCUGCCCGAGAUCAAGUACCGCCGCAUCCUCAAUGCCGCUUUCGGCCCGGGGGGGUGGGGCCUGGUGCCCAAGGGGGAUCCCGUCGUAGGGGAGAAGGUUGUGACGAGGGAGUACGCCCUGGUUGCCGAGGGAAGGUUCAUCUCCCAAGCCCAAGGCGAAAACCAGUACUUUUCUCUCGAAGGCCUUCCGUCCGCCGUUGAGGGCUGCAAGUCGAACGCGCUGAUGCGCUGCUGCAAGGACGUCGGCGUCGCGUCCGAGCUCUGGGACCCCGUCUACAUCCGCGAAUUCCAGAAGCAGUACGUCGAGAAGGUCUGGGUCGAGCACGUGACCACCAAGAAGAAGAGGCAGCUCUGGGUGAAGAAGGGCCUUGAUGUCGCCUACCCUUACAAGAAGGCCUAGUCCGUAUGGUCGAUCCAUGAUGGAGGACGUGGGGGGGGGGGGGAGGG